GAUCCCGGCGAGCAGCUGGCGGCGGAGCGGCAGCCACGAUGUGCGGAAUCUUUGCCUAUAUGAACUACAGAGUACCCAGGACAAGGAAGGAAAUCUUUGAAACCCUCAUCAAGGGCCUACAGCGGCUGGAGUACCGAGGCUAUGACUCAGCAGGUGUGGCCAUUGAUGGAAACAAUCAUGAAGUCAAAGAGAAACAUAUCCAGCUAGUGAAAAAGAAGGGGAAAGUGAAGGCACUGGAUGAAGAGCUCUAUAAGCAAGACAGCAUGGACCUAAAGGUGGAGUUUGAGACACACUUUGGCAUUGCCCAUACACGCUGGGCCACCCAUGGGGUCCCCAGUGCUGUUAACAGCCACCCACAGCGUUCAGACAAAGGCAAUGAAUUUGUUGUUAUCCACAAUGGAAUCAUCACAAACUACAAAGAUCUGAGAAAAUUUCUGGAAAGCAAAGGCUAUGAAUUUGAGUCAGAAACAGACACGGAAACCAUUGCCAAGCUGAUUAAAUAUGUAUUUGACAACAGAGAGACAGAGGACAUUACAUUUUCAACAUUGGUUGAAAGAGUCAUUCAGCAGUUGGAAGGAGCAUUUGCAUUGGUUUUCAAGAGCAUCCACUACCCAGGAGAAGCUGUUGCCACAAGGAGAGGCAGCCCACUGCUCAUCGGAGUCCGAAGCAAAUAUAAGCUCUCCACAGAGCAGAUCCCUGUCCUGUACAGGACAUGCAACAUUGAAAAUGUGAAGAUGAUCUGUAAAGCCAGGAUGAAGAGGCUGGACAGCUCUGCCUGCCUUCAUGCUGUGGGGGAUAAGGCUGUGGAAUUCUUCUUUGCUUCUGAUGCAAGUGCUAUCAUAGAGCACACUAACAGGGUCAUCUUCCUGGAAGACGAUGACAUUGCUGCAGUGGCUGAUGGGAAACUCUCCAUUCACCGAAUCAAGCGCUCAGCGAGUGAUGACCCCUCUCGAGCCAUCCAGACCUUGCAGAUGGAAUUGCAGCAAAUCAUGAAAGGUAACUUCAGUGCAUUUAUGCAGAAGGAGAUCUUCGAACAGCCAGAAUCUGUUUUCAAUACAAUGAGAGGUCGAGUGAAUUUUGAGACCAACACAGUGCUUCUGGGUGGCUUGAAGGACCAUCUGAAGGAGAUUCGACGAUGCCGAAGGCUUAUCGUCAUUGGCUGUGGAACCAGCUACCAUGCUGCUGUGGCUACACGGCAAGUUUUGGAGGAACUGACUGAGUUACCUGUGAUGGUUGAACUUGCCAGUGAUUUUCUGGACAGGAACACACCUGUGUUCAGGGAUGAUGUUUGCUUCUUCAUAAGCCAAUCAGGAGAGACUGCAGACACUCUCUUGGCUCUGCGCUACUGUAAGGACCGGGGAGCACUGACUGUGGGUGUCACCAACACUGUGGGCAGCUCCAUCUCCCGUGAGACCGACUGUGGAGUCCACAUCAAUGCAGGACCAGAGAUCGGCGUAGCCAGCACCAAGGCUUAUACCAGUCAGUUCAUCUCUCUGGUAAUGUUCGGCUUGAUGAUGUCUGAAGACCGAAUUUCUCUACAAAGCAGGAGACAAGAGAUCAUUCGGGGCCUGAAAUCAUUACCUGAGCUGAUCAAAGAAGUAUUGUUGCUCGAUGAGAAGAUCCAUGACCUGGCCCUUGAGCUCUACACACAGAGGUCACUCCUGGUUAUGGGACGGGGCUAUAACUAUGCCACAUGCCUGGAAGGAGCCUUGAAAAUUAAAGAGAUAACUUACAUGCAUUCAGAAGGCAUCCUGGCUGGGGAGCUGAAACAUGGGCCCCUGGCCCUCAUCGACAAGCAGAUGCCAGUCAUCAUGGUCAUCAUGAAAGACCCUUGCUUUGCCAAAUGCCAGAAUGCCCUGCAGCAGGUCACAGCUCGCCAGGGUCGCCCAAUUAUACUGUGCUCCAGAGAUGACACUGAAAGUUCCAAGUUUGCAUAUAAAACCAUCGAGCUGCCCCACACAGUGGACUGCCUUCAGGGCAUCCUGAGUGUGAUUCCACUUCAGCUUCUGUCGUUCCACCUGGCCGUUCUCCGAGGCUAUGACGUUGACUUCCCCAGAAAUCUGGCCAAGUCUGUCACUGUAGAAUGAGAAGAAACGAUGAUGAGACCAUUGUCUCCUUAAGCCUGAUUGAAGAUUUAUCCCAACUGUGGGAAUGCCAUGUGGGAAAAACGUGGGCAUUCCAUGUGUCCCACGCUCCCAGUAGAGCUUGACAGCUUUGAUGUGCCUUGUACCCAAGUGCUUUUGCUUAUAGCAACUACUGCUUCUCUGUGUCCUGAAGUCACCGGAGGAGAAAGAAUCAUGUUUACACACGGGGAUCAGAGCAGGCUUUCCCACUACUGUGCAAUAGAGAUAUACCGCUUUUUUCAGAGUAACUGUGAAUCUGUUUUUAAUCAACACUAGUUAGUUUUUAAGACAAACUAUUUAUAAUAAUAAUUUGUAUAGCUCUUAAGUUAUUUUUCUAGUAUGUGGCUUUCUGUAGCCGCAGUAAUGCCCAGACUAUGCAUCUCAUCUCUCAGUGCUCCAUCUCUGGGCUCACUCCUGGUGAGUGUAUUCAUCUCAUAUUUGGGCACAAAGCAUUGGCCCUUGGACUUCUUUCUCCUUUCCUUAAUUCUUGACAUUGCUUCUGUCUUCUGACAUCAGUGAAUUUCCCCCCUCCCCAAUAUCUUCCUGUACCUCUUAUUAAGUCCCAUUGAAAACUUCACUCCUUUCAGCAUUUUUCUUCUCAGAUGGUCAAAUUCUGGCCAUUCUCCCACUUCUGCUUGGCCAGAGUGUGGCUGUAUUGAAGCCAGGCAGCACUUUGCUCCCUGCUCCCUACUCAUAGUAAAGCAGCUUGAACUACCCAUGCAAGAGGGUAGCUUCAAGAGGACUGCCCUGCUCUGUUUAAAAGCGUGCACAAUCAAUGUACUAUGCAAUUUUAAGACAAUAAAGACAGUACCAUUGUU